UUAUUGUUUCGUGGGUAUGUAUGUGUAUAUAGCUGCUAGAUCUGCGGAAUUAGAUGGUGUUGAGGGUAGGAAGGCGAAUGUGAUGCACAUGGCCAAGGUCUAGGUGCUGUUUUUCUAAAAAUUCUCUUAUAACUUGUAUAAGUGAUAGGGUCCUGCUACCUUGAUCAGUACUUUCUCCGGAUCCGAACAAGGCACAUGAGCUCAGUGUUUGGUUUCGUGUGGUUAACACUGGCUCAAUUCUCUAGGUUAAUAAUUAACAGUAAUGGGGGUUCCCACUUUUCUGACACUGUUAUAGUGUCAAAAGACGUCUUACGUUAAGUUACAGAGGUAGUAUUUCGAAACGCACAAUGUAAUAUGCUGUCUUCUCAAAAUGAAUAAACGCAGGUGCUAACUAGUACUCCCUCUGUUCUGUUCCUAAAUACAAGCCUUCUUAGAGAUUCCAAUGUAGACUGCACACGGAGCAAAAUGAGUGAAUCUACACUCUAGACUAUGUCUAUGUACAUCCGUAUGUAGUCCAUGUUGAAAUCUCUAAAAAGGCUUUUAUUUAGGAACGGAGGGAGUAGAAUUUAUUGCUAACGAGAUUUUGUCAUAUGGUGUUCCUUAGUUUGUAGCCACAUCAGGGAUGCUCACACUAUUUUUCUACCCCUCCCUUUGCUAGCUCUGAUGAUUAUUUUUCUCAGCCACGUGCUUUGUGAAGCCAAAUGAGCUGGCACAUUUGUGGAGUUGGAUAGAACAGGGAUUCUUUGUUUGUUUGUCGAAAGAUCAGCUUUGCAGAGAACAAUCAUGAGUGUUUGUGCGAAGAAAGCAGCUGUUAACUGCUCUUUCAGGGAAAACUUAGGCUCGAAAUUUCUUUACCAAGAGGUCAUGCUGGUGCUGUUUACCGCAGUUAGAUGCCUGAAGUGAACAUCAGGGCCUGUGAAAUUUGAUCCAGUAAUCUGGGAACCCUUGAUCUAUCUUGCUCUUGGCUGUGUUCUGAUACCUUCAUUCAGCCUGUGGUCUGAUAGAAGAAACAGCAUGUUCUUACAGUGGUAUUACUUGACAAGAAAUGCCUUCAGUGGUCCUCUGGCUUUUGCAGUUCCAUGCAUGUCCUGUGAUUUUGAUAGUCUACUAUGCCAACACCACAGUCAGUAGUCUGCAGUUGGGAAGCGACUCAGCAGACAGUCUGUUGUCUGAUGGAAACCUGAAGACAUUUUUCAGUCUUUCAUGUUUUAACUGAUUUUAUCUGUUGGUGAUAUACAUCAAAAUAUUUGUUGUCUGUUUUGUGUGGUUGUGUUAAAUAUUAAGAAACCAUGUAAUCCAUUUUAAAAUCCUGUGCCAUCUAUGCGACUAGAAUUCUACACAUAUGUUGUCAUGUUUUUCUAUUCUUGAAUCUUGAUACGAGUGCCAUGAUUUGUUUGGUAUGUCAGUACUCUGUUCGUUGGCCAAAAUAUUGUUCUGUUUUUCUGCUCCUAGUUUCUAAGAGCAUGUUGCAUUAUCUUUUCUGUAAUCACCAUGUCCCAAUCAUUUAUCUCAUCAUAUCAUAUAUUCAUCUGAAUACCUUUUCUUCAGUUGUUUCUUUCGCUUUUUGGUUUGUAGUCACAGCCAUUUUUUUGUGACAAGUUGGGUGCAAAACAUGUUGUAGUGUGCAACCUGAUCUUAUUGGCUUCAAAAUAAUUUAAGGGAUGUUGUUGCAGCCAAUAAAUCAUGUGGUAGCAGUUGGUAACUUUUGUUAUGAAAACCGAGGGAAGGUGAAAUACAGAUUCGUUUGUGUAUCGUCACGACAUUGUUGCUGUGUAGUGCUCAUGGAAUGACAGUUGAAGGAUAGCUGCUGAAGCAACAUUUGAUGUCAGCACUUCUCACAACCAACCCCACACAUUUGACAUGUCAUGCUUGUUGGAUAUUGCCAACUGCUGUCUCCAUGUGUUGUUUUGCUAUGUUUGAAGAUUCUCUCGUGAGCUUAUCUACCAGACCAGCAUGCCAGUGGUUCAGACAUCGGUGAUGGGCCUGACCGCCUGAGAAUGUUGUUCUUGUUUGGCUUCUGACAGUAAUUCACUAAUUUACGGUGAAAAUUCAAUAGAUGGAUCUAACUACUGAACUGGUUUAUGCAUUUAGUCAUAGCAUGAUAUGAUAUGAGUGGGAGUGUUACAAACCUUGAGGCACACUUGGUUGGUAGCCACUUUCAUGCCAAUUGAAGUUCCUUGCUUCUCAGUUAGUAGUUGCUGCAAUUAGUUUAGUUGAUAUGAGAUGUGCUAUAGGGAUCCAAACACGACAUCCAGAGCAGUCUAGUUAAUAUGGGUAACAGCAAAAGAUGGUAGCAGCAAGCAUUGUUUGGUUGCUCAAAUGUUUGUUUGCCCGACUGGUUGUCAGUACAACGAGCUUUGCUCUCUCAGGAUAUGUUCAGUCAGAAAGGUAGUCACAGUUACACUCGGCUAUUUGACAGUUUUGAUUUGUUCUGUUGAAUUAUGAAACUCUGGAAUAACCUAAUCCCAAUGCUGCUCAAAAGAUCAUGCUGGAGAGGCACACAAACCGGCACCGUGGCUUUGGCUUCGUGACGUUUUCAGAUCCCAGGGCAGUUGAGACUGCUAUCAACGAUAUGCACAACAAAGAGUUAGAUGGUCGUACCAUUUCAGUGAACAGGGCUGAGCCAAAGAUGCAAACAGAUGACACUCGGUACAGCAGUGGUGGUGGUGGUGACCGUGGGGAUUAUCGUGGUGGCAAGGGUGAUGGUCCACCCCCUGGCAAUUGCUUUGAGUGUGGCCGUGCUGGUCACUGGGCUCGUGACUGCCCUAACCCUGGCGGCGGCCGUUCUGGGCGAUUCCCUUCCAAGUUCAGUGGUGGCGGUGGCAGGGGAGAUCGCUUUUCUGGAUCAGACAGGUUUGGCGACCGUUACGUGGAUGAUCGCUAUGAUGGUGGCCGUUAUGGUGGGUACCGUGAGCCUAUUGACAGCAGAGACAGAUAUGAUGGGGGCCGUGAUCGUUAUGCCAGUGACCGGUACCCCUCUGGUGGUGACCGCUUUGGUGCAGACAGGUAUGGAGCAGCCCCAGACCGUUAUGCACCAAGUGGUGGUGGAGGCGGCUAUGGCAGGGAGCGAGAGAGAAGCUACGAGAGAGAUGGAAUUCGUGGUGGUGGUGCCUAUGACAGGAGUGGCCCAAGGGGCGGUGCAAGCUAUGACAGGGACGGCCCAAGGGGCGGCAUAGGUGGUGGCUAUGACAGGGAUGGUCCACGUGGAGGCGGCGCCGACUAUGGCAGCGGUGGGCCUAGUCGCUACGAGGGAGGAGGUUACAGGGAGAGGCCUGCACCGUAUGACCGCCCCAGGGGAGGAGGGCGCUUCGACGACCGCUACUAGUGACCUGUUGCUGCAGUCGAGCUAUGUAUUUGCGUUUUAACUUUCAGUUUGGCAUGGCCGAAUGCUUGAUGAGUACUCUGUCGGCACGGUUAUCUCUUUUCUGUACUGCAAAUGUUACUCCCGGUGGGCACUGGUAGUUUACCCAGCAGACUGUUUCCGUGCUGAGUUGAAUCUGUCAUGCCCUGGCUGCUGGCUACCUUUGCUGAAUGAUGGUUUAUGUACUUCUGCAUGAUAUUAAUCAAUCUGAACUUAUGAAAUCCUGCUGCUCUGCUGUGGUUGGUAUGAGAUCCUGCUGCUCUGCUGUGGAUGAAUCUUAUGGCACGGUAAUAUCUAUUCUGUACCAGAAAUGGUACCACAACUGGAGUUUAUCCAGCAGACUGAGCCUGCUAUGACCUGGUUGUUUUGGCUGUCGGCUACAUUUGCUGAAUGAUGGUUUCUCAACUUGUGCAUGAUUUCAUCGAUCUGAAUUUAUGAAAUCCUUCUGAAUGACUUCGAGAAGAGUGACCAAAAACUAUGCUCUUUAGACAGAGCAUCAUGAUUUGACGAAUGGGCUUUCAUACUUGUCUUCAUCACGUGUUAUUUAGGUCAUUUGUGCUGACUGUAUGAAUUAGAAAUGUAAAAUAAGUUUUUGUUUUUGUUUAGUCCAGUGUUUCUGUAAAAGUGCUGUGCAAAAUGUAUUUGAGUGUCGACCCUUCGUGCUAUGAAUACGAACUUACUCUUUGAUUCAA